AUGCCUGUUACAGCUUUUCAAGAAUUUCUUUCAAUAUCUACUGAUCAAGAACUAACAGUUCCAAGUGAAAAUAUAAACGAAGAAUUUCAAUGUGUGCUAUUAGAUAUUCAAGUUAACGAUAAUGGCAUAAAAAAUAAUGUACAUCAAUCGAUGGAUGUGCAUGAGGAAGAAGGAGAGACAGAAGAAGUCAUGUUACAAAAUGGAAUAAUCAAUCAAGAAACUGAUAGUAUGGAUGUCCAAGCAAUUGUAAAUGCGAUAUAUUACUAUGAUAAUCCAAUCAUGCGAAUGCAUACACAGCCGGUUGCAAGACAUCAUAUUCGUUAUCGUACGGAUGGAAUUCGUUAUUUAGAACAAUCUCGUCGCAAUCCAAUGUCUAUUGAAGUUUUACCUAUAUUAAAUGGAUGUUUAACAAAAGUAGAACAAUCAUUUUGGCUUGAACUUACAUUAGUUACUACGCAACAAAAUCCACAACAUAAAAGAUUUCUUCAUCAACAUGAAAUGAUUAAUAAUGAAGAAAAUGUAGAACAAAAUGGCUUAGGAUCAUUCCGUGUUCUAUUAACAGAAGAAGAGAUUCGUCGACAAAGAAAAAUAUUUCGACAUUUGUCCAUAAUGAAAACACGACUUAAUAAUUAUACAUUCCAAUUAAUUCCAUUCGAUCCGUUCAUGGAAGAUAAUCAUGUCGAAGCUUAUACAUUGCCAAAUGAAGAACGUAUGACAAAAGUACAAAAAGCAAAAUGUUUCGAUCAAACAUAUCAUACAAACCAGUACCAAAUUGUUUGUCAAUUAAUUAUAAAACAAAAUGAUCAAUGUUUGAAUUCUUUAUUUUUUACAACUCUUACAGUAAAUUGGUUGGACGACACUGAUAUUGAUGCAUGUUUAAAAGACAUAAUCGAUGGCAAAGAUUCAUUAAAUGUUACUUCAGGUUUCAAGUUCGGCAAUGGUUCCAUUGUUCCAACAGAAUUGGUUGAUCCUCUACUAGAUAGUCAAUUGAACAUUGAUGCUAUCCUAAAGAAUGAAGAAUUUACAGGAGACGAAUUUGACCAAAUUCUAGUCGGUAGUUUACCUGAGGAAACAAUUGUAUCACAAGAUAAUAAUCAAGAGAAUGUGAACGAGAAUCAGAAAAAAAUGAGUUUCGAGAUAAAUACAAAUCAAUUUGCCUGUAUCGAUGAUGUAAUGACUGUCAAAGAACAACCAAAACCUGAUCAACGUGCUCGUUAUGAAAGUGAUGGUCCACGUUUUUUGCCUGAUUCAAAAAAACAUCCAAUGUCUAUUGAAUUGCCGGAUUUAUCAUUAAUAUCAUUGCCUGAAAAUGCAUCAUUUGGAAUUGUUCUAACAAUGGUAACAUCAACAAAAAAUCCAAGAAAUAAAACAUUUGUACAUGUCAAUGGUAUUAAGUAUCGUACUGAAGAUGCAAUCGAAAUAGGUUGUGGAAGUAUUUUUCUUCCAUUAACUAAAUCAGAUAUACUAAAAUGCGAAAAAAAAUUUCCACGUUUAUCUAUAAUCUGUAAAAAAUUUGAAGAUUAUACAUUUGAUUUAACAUCAUUUAAUCUAUUAACUGUUGAUAGAAUAACAGAAAAAUAUACACUUACAAAUGAAGAUGAUAUUGGCAAAGUAGCAAAAGGAAAACAACUCACCAUUGAUUAUGAUCUACUUUGCUAUAAAAUUAUCUUUCAGUUAGCAUUGAAACAAGAAAAUAUUUUUAUGAUUUCAAAUAUUAAAUGUGAAACAGAGAUAAUUAAUGAACAAAAAGCAGCAAAAAAAGGUGUUAAACGAAAAGCUUCAUCAAACAAAAAAAUGCCCAAAAAAAGAAAGGGCAACAUUUGUAUGGCUAUGAUAAAUCCACCUAAGAAAUUCAACUCAUCAAAAUCAACAAGCAAUCAACAUGCGUUCACUCGAAAAUCUAAUUGUAAAAUAAAUCAAGUCAAAGGUUCAUCUGUAGAUAGUUCAUAA